UGCUGUGAUCAGGACAUUUUCUCCCGAACCGAGGCGGUCGAGAUGCCUUCCCAUAUGGUUAACAGUAUGUUGUGGUCUCGUCAUUUUCGUGAGGAAUGGGCUCGGAUAGUCCGCACAUCCUCCUCAAAAUCGUUCCAGUAGUGUUUCUGUUUGGCCGCAUAACCAAUCCUUUGCUUCUCCCUUCCGAGCAAGAGUCACUACCAACCCGUCACUCCUGGAGCGCCAGGACUUCGAAAUGGGGAGCGCUCAGCAAGAUGUCGAACUGGAGAGGUUCGAUAGCAUCUUUAGUCUUGAGGGCAAGGUGGCGGUAGUAAGUGGUGGGAGCAGGGGGUUGGGCCUCAAUGCGGCAUCCGGUCUUCUCCAGGCUGGCUGCUCCAAGGUCUAUAUCACCUCACGCAAAGCUCAGGCCUGUGCAGAUGCAGUAGCAGCCCUAAAUGCGCUGCCCAACAAACGUCCCGGUGCGGUCGCCGUUUCGGUGCCUGCGGAUUCAUCCAAGAUCGCCGAUAUCGAACGGCUGGCAGCCGACGUGGCGAGAAGCACUGAUCACGUCGAUAUCCUCUUCGCUAAUGCUGGAACGUCGUGGGGAGCUCCGUUCGAGACAUACCCCGAAGAAGCAUUCUCGAAGGUGAUGGACCUAAAUGUUAGGAGUGUCUUUUAUACUGUCCAGAAAUUCGCUCCUCUAUUGAAGGCAAGGGCUACAACGACCAAUCCAAGUCGUGUUAUUGUGACGGCGAGCAUUGCCGGUCUGGGUGUCGGGACGGUAGGGGAGAAUGCAACGUAUGCAUACUCGGCCUCCAAAGCGGCUGUAAUCCAUCUCGCCAAAAAUCUUGCUGUCGGUUUAGGUCCUAACGGAGUUAUUACCAAUGCGAUUGCACCAGGCUUCUAUCCUACGACAAUGGCCAAGGGCUUGAUGGAAUUGGAAGGCGGUCAGGCUACAAUGGCACACGAAUCUCCAAACAAGAGACUUGGCCUUGCGGAAGACGUGGCUGGGUUGGUGGUGUUCCUGUCAUCUCGAGCCUCGGCGCAUAUCAAUGGCGCCGUAAUAACAACUGAUGGAGGCUACGUUCUGGCAAAGGGCAGGCUAUGAGUUGGCAGGCAGUUACUAGAUGCAAUGCCCCGGGAGAAGCCUUUACGAGAAACAGAAGCAGAGUAAUGCAUUUCUUAGAUGCCGACUGCGCCAUACAAGAAUUACAACACUGCCAUAUCAAGUUUGCCCGGCGUCAAGUGUACGCAAAUAGAGAGUUGAGUAUCAUAGAAGACCUGGCGAUACCAGUUGCAAUCUUGGGGUAAGCACGAUGCUUAAAGCAUUCGAAUGUAGGUAGUUUUCAUGCAAACAGGAGCCGGACGAGGAUAUGGUUCAGCAAUGCCACCUAAGGCUUCCUGGUUGCUCAUCGCGCGCUCACUACUAGUAUGAUAUACAAUUCCUUCCCG